ACCUAAUCCGUGUCGCGCGCGGCUUCACGUGCGCGCGCCUCCCACGCGUCACCAUCCGCGUACACUUUGUCCGUGCUGCAUGCUUCCCAUGCGUGCUCCCCAUCACUCGGCACUCCUAAGCCCGCAAGGUUUAGGCCUUGCGCAUGUGCGCCCCAAUCGCGCGCCAGUCCGCGCGCUUCCUCAAUUCCGCCAGUCUCGCGCGCGUCAUCGCCCAACACGCCUAAUCCUACGAGGCGUGGUCUUUUAUCCGCGAAGCUCCACUCGCACGCCAACGCGCACGCCCCAUCCUCGUUGUUCGUCUCCUGCGCGUGUGCGGCCGCACCCGGCAUUCCUAUGCCUGUGCGGAUUCGGUCGUCCGCGUGCGUCUCGCCGCUCCCACGCGUCGCCUGUUGCGCACGCCUUGUCCUUGUUGACUCCUACCUGCGCGUGCGUAUUCGGCAUUCCUAAGCCCGCGCAGAUUGGGACAUCCGCGCUUCCGUCCCACUCGCGCGCCUUUUCGCGCGGCUCGCUAUUGCUGGCCGUUAUCCACGUGUCCUUGCUACCGUCCGCGCCCCAAUCGCCUACGGCACUCCCUAUUGUGUCCUCAGCUUCGCGCGCGUCGUCGAUCCCCGCGGUCAGCUCGCCUGGCGCUCGCGCAUCAUCGUCCGAUGUGCGUUCUUCGCACACUAGCUGUGCGCCUGUUCUUGUGCCGCCGAACGCCAACACAUCCCAGUCGACGCCCAUGGUCUGUUCGAUAGCCGUGCACCCAUGUUCAUCCUGUUCGGUCCAACAGCGCGCAUCAUGGGCCGAUGCGCGCCACUCGCCCAUUAGCCGUACUCCCUCGCCUUCCUUGUCGCCGCUCGUUCCCGUUGGCUCGGGCCAUGGCUCGCAACCUUUCAAUCUUACACAAUCUUCCGCCGGUAUCCACCAUCCACCUUCAACCCAUCGCAAACCACGCCUUCUAGCCUCCUUCUUCCGUGCUCGCCUUUUUCUCGCACAAGGCUUGCACCCACAACGCGAUUCCUUGGCCUUACGCUUCCUAGACUUCACCCCUAGCUUCGGACCACAUCCUUUUGGCCAAUCUCGUACACAUGAUGGCCGGUAUAUUGGACUUGAUGGCUCCUCUAGCAUGUUCUCCAACCAUAUGUUGAGAUCGUCUCCAUCCUCAUCCUCUGACUCGCCUGGGUUGAUGACCACUUCCGUAUCAUUCCCCUUCUCUUCGAGACUUUCCUUGUCCUCAAGGAUUAGAAAAUUUAGCGCACUUUCAUCUUCAUGUUGUCCUGCGAAAUCCUCAAAGUCUCUGAUCGAACCUGGAGCCAAUUGGUGGAACCAGUCAAGCGCACCUCCUCGUAAGGUCGACAAGAAGGCCCUGCAGCUGACCGGAUCUGAGUAUCCAUGUAAGACGGACAUGUUUUCGAAUGCUCUCAUGUGCCUCGACGGGUCGCUCGAUCCAUCGAAAAUCAGGUUUAUCUCCCGGAAACUCGCAGGUAAUGGCGCAGCUAAUAUUUCCCUCGAGAAUGGGUGUCCUCGAGCACGUCUUUCCGGCCUCCCUUCCACCUUCUCCUGCAAUUGCCUAAGCUGUUCGGCCAUCUUCUCCAUCGCUCUGUCUCU